UGUCGGGGCGACAACUUGAGUUGUCAGGUCAGUCUGCGGAUUGCAGCGAAUUCGCUCAUUUGAAAAAAAUAAAACAUGGCUGGAAGAGGUGGUUAUGAACACGCUAGGGGGGGAUUUGGCGGUGAUCGCCAGAUGAAGGUACUGCCAACGGAACCGCCCUUUAUCGCCUUUGUGGGCAACCUGCCCCAGGGCCUCGUCCAGGGCGAUGUAAUGAAAAUAUUUCAAGACUUUGAGGUGAAGAACGUGAGGCUGGUAAAGGAUCGGGAAACGGACAUGUUCAAAGGCUUUUGCUACGUGGAAUUCGAAACGCUAGAGAAUCUGGAGCGGGCACUCGAGUUCGAUGGUCGUAUCAAACUGGACGAUCUGUCGGCGCCGCUGCGCAUCGAUAUAGCUGAACGGAAGAAAAAUGAUCGGCCCGGUGGCGGUAUCGGCGGUGGCAAUGGAGGCAUGACCCGCGAUGGUGGAAGAGACGGUUUCCAGAAGCGUGGACCGCCCCGUCAGGGCGGUACGAGCCAAUCCUAUAGUCGGGGCGGUCCCGGCACUGGCGGCAACGGCGGCGGUGGUCGCGAGGGUGGCGGCGGCUCUGGUAAUCGCGCCGAUAGUAGAGGUUCGUACAAUGAUAAUUAUGGUGGUCACAGUGAUAGAAGUCGAGGCGGCGGCGGCGCAGGCUCCGGCUCCGGCAGUGGCAUGAAUAGAGGAUACAAUGAUCGGCCGGCGAAUCGUGGCCGGUAUGGAAACUUCAACAAUGAUGACCGGUUUGAGCGGAACCAGGACCGUGACCGGGGGCAGCGCGAGGGAAGUUAUGGCAAUCAGUCGCGCGAUGGUGACCGCUACAACAACUUCAGUAGGCACCGUGACCGCGAGCGUACCCACUACAAUCCCAACCAGCAGAGUGAACGUCCUAGCGGCGGCCUUGGUGGAGGCGGCGGCGGCCUUGGGGGCAGCGGCGGUCUUGGUGGCAGCGGCAACCUCGGUGGUGGUGGUGGUGGCGGCGGUGGUGCUUCGAUUGGCGCCAUAGACGACACGGAGAGGCCACGCCUGCAGCUGCAGCCACGUACCAUUGCUGCGCCAAUCAAUGCGGUGGCCGAAACCAAACAGUCGGCAUCCAUUUUCGGCAAUGCCAAGCCGCGCGAGGAGAAAUUGAAGGAGCUGGAGCAGAAUGUCUCUCACAAUGGCGACAUCUAAAGUGCAGGGAAUCGAUCCGCAAUAAAGCCUGAUAUGAUAUUUUGCUGGUGAGAGUGAGACAGAGAGAGACGGAGAACGUCAGAAGAGGGAGAUGGAAAAGGAGGAGCGGAGCGUAUGCGUAUGCGUCAGCAUUGAAGAUGAAGAGGAUUAGCAGCAGCAGCAGCAGCAGCAUGCCGUAUAUAAACACAUACUUUAAUUAAUAAUUCUACGCUACAUACCUAUUAUACACACAAGUUAUGUACUAAAUUGCAAGAUGGUGAGCGGAGCAGCGGAUCAACUUAACUACAAACGAAACAACAACAAUGAGUACAGCAAAAGCGACGGCAACCAAGAACCAUUACAUUUUUCUAAUGCAUGCAACAGAAACAGCAGCAGCAAUAAGAUCAGCAAGCAACAACGUCUAUAAAUGUUAGUCUUAAGCGAUAAAGUUUAGUCCCGUGCAUAUGGUGGGUAUGUAUAUAUACAGUAUAUGCAGUAUAUAUGCAUGAUUCACGCCAUGUGCACGCUUCUAUUUGUUAGUUAAGUAAAAAAUAUAUAAACAACAACAACAACAAAAAUAACAAAAAAGAAACCCAAGAAAAAAGCAAAAAGUUCUACCAUUAAGGCAUAAAACAGUAAACGAAAAACGGAAACAAAAAAAAGAAACAAAACAAAAAAAAAACUCGAAAAACAAAACCAAACAAAAAUCGAAAACAAAAACCCUUUAAUGACAAAACGUUCCGCGUAGCGCAGGCAGGCAAUUUAUACACAGUUUAUAUGGCAAACAAAAGCAGAAAAUUAAAAUAAAACAAAAACAACAAAUGAACGAAACGAAUAAUUAAAGUUAUAUGCGGAAGAGAACAGCAGAAGCAGUAACAGCAGCAGCCAGCAACCAGCAACCAGCAGCAGCCAGCAGCAGUAACAAAUCUGACAAACGAAAUAGAACAGAACAGAACACCAACUAAGAGUACGGCACGAGAGGCACGUACAUACGAAAUCAGAGAGGAGAACGAGCAAAUCGAGGAUAAUUAGCAACAUUAACAGCAAUAAAACAACCUCAUAUACAGAAACGGCAGACUACAAAUAUACAUAUAUAGGUCUAUGUAAUUGAAACAAGGAAAGUCCGACUAGAAACCCCAUUUUAUACCACCACCCCUGGCUCCCGGGCGCCCGGGCGCCCUGGCGCUCAUAAUCCAAAAACAUAAGCUACAAUCCAGAAUCCAUAAUCAUGCAUGCAUGCAACAAUUUUAAGCUUGUAAUAAUCAUUCGCAUUUUAGUGUUUGGUUCUUUGUGUUUGUCCCAUUUUUCUCCUUAUCUUUUGUCCCUAUCAGUUGCUUAUCAUUUAGAGAAGCCAGGGAAAUUCUGUCCAGUUCGUUGUAGAUAAUCUCUGUAAAGCGUCGAGAAGUGAAAUGAGGAAUUUACACAUUUCAUUUAGUUGUUGCUGUCUGUAUUUUGAGUUUUCCGAGAGGCAAGCGAGAGGCGUUUUUCUUUUAUUUUGAAUUCCUCCCUAUAUUUUUUUUUGGUUAUUUUACUCUGUUAGCUUUUUUCAAUAAAUACAUAAAUACAUAUAUGUUUUUUUUUUUGCAUUUUGCAAGAGCUGAUGAUACGCGUGAGUUGUAAAUUAAUUUGAAAAUAAAGCAAAAAACAUUUACAUAAGAAA